UCGAGCAAGCCAUCGAUCGACCUCCUCGAUCUGCAUUUGGCAUCGGUAGUCAGCUUGCAUUGCUCGAUCGCGCCGAAGUCUAGCUCGAGCAACCUUAAGUUAGCAAGCUAGGUACGUUGAGAAAUCUUCUAGGGCUAUAGUACACACACUUUGCACUACGUACUCACGUGUGGUGUGAUCGCGUCGUCGUCGUACUCGUCGACAUGGUCAGAAGCAGCCCCAUGCAGGCGGUGCUGGUGGCGCCGGGGGUGAAGGACAAGCAGGUGCUCCCCUACAAGCGGGACGCGCUCAAGGAGAAGCACGCCGUCGCCGGCCUCAUGCGCUCCAUCGCCGGCGGCCCCGGCGUGCGCGGCGCCUUCUACGUCCUCGACCUCGCCAGGGUCGUCGACCUGUACAUGCGCUGGCGCCGCGCGCUCCCGGACGUGCGGGCGUACUACGCCGUCAAGUGCAACCCGGAGCCGGCGCUGCUCGGCGCGCUGGCCGCCCUCGGCGCCGGGUUCGACUGCGCCAGCCGCAGGGAGAUCGAGGCCGUUCUCGCGCUCGGUGUCGAGCCGGCCAGCAUCGUGUACGCCAACCCGUGCAAGCCCGAGGCGCACAUCGAGUACGCGGCGCGGGUGGGCGUCAACCUCACCACGUACGACUCCGAGGAGGAGGUGGCCAAGGUGAAGCGCUGCCACCCCGGCUGCGAGCUCAUCCUCCGCAUCAAGGGCCCCGACAACGGCGACGCCAAGGUCGACCUCGGCACUAAAUACGGCGCGCACGCCGACGAGGUGGUGCCGCUGCUCCGCGCCGCGGAGCGCGCGGGCCUCGGCGUGGCCGGCGUGUCCUUCCACAUCGGCAGCGGCGGGACCCGCACCGACGUUUACUGCGGGGCCAUCGAGGCCACGCGCGCGGCGUUCGACGCGGCCGCCGCGCUCGGCAUGCCGCCCAUGCGCGUGCUCGACGUCGGCGGCGGCUUCAUGGCAGGAGGCAACGCGUUCGAAGAGGCGGCGGCGGUCAUCCGCGACACGUUGGCGGAGCACUUCGGCGACCUCCCGUGCGUGGAGGUCAUCGGAGAGCCGGGACGGUACUUCGCCGAGACGGCCUUCACGCUGGCGGCGCGCGUCAUCGGGAAGCGCACGCGCGGCGAGGUGCGGGAGUACUGGAUCGACGACGGACUCUACGGCUCCCUCAACUGCGUCCUCAUGGACGACUACGUGCCCCGCCCGAGGCCGCUCGCCACCCCACGCGCCGGCGAGGAGGCGUACACGUCGACGGUGUUCGGGCCGACCUGCGACUCGCUCGACACGGUGGUCACCGGGUACCGGCUGCCGGAGAUGAGCGUGGGGGACUGGCUCGUGUUCGACGACAUGGGCGCCUACUCCAUCGGCUCCGGCUCCCAUUUCAACGGCUUCUCCAUGGCCGACAUUACGACAUUCUUGGCCUACUCUAGCUAGGUCAGAAACAAUUAAGAUAUGGACAACGUGCCACACAUGUUUUUUUAGGGGACGUGCCACACAUGUUUUUAAUAAGUUUCAUGUAUUUUUGUAAUUUGUUUGUAUAAAAAGAGUUGCUUAUAAUUAAGCUCGUGUCCCCUCCAAACUUUAAGGGCUCACAUUCGUUUGACAGCCAACGGAUUACGGUUAAUAUAUAACUUUGGAUAAAGGAGGAAAUGGCAUGAUCUGAAUAAAAAUAACUAACACUGACCAAGCUCAGUGUAUACAGAAAUCCAUAUAGCUUUGGAUUAUUAAGGUGAAACUGGCAUAGUCUAAAUAAACAAACUAAUUGUUGACAAACCCAACUAAGAGCAAGUAGAGAAUAUUUCUCUUUCCCUCACUUUCAUCCGGUGCAAGCCCGUUGAAAGUUAAAUUGAAGAUAAAAAGAAACCGUCAACUUGUACAUUAUUAACCACCGACCAAGCUCAUUGUCAAUAAUACGAAGAUCCUUCUCUCAGAACAUGGCAAAUUGGCAAGUGCACAUAUAUAGUAUGUAACUUUGAAUAAUUAAGCUGGAAAUGGCGUGAUCCGGAUAAAAGUAGCAUCUAAGAUAUGGACCAAGCUCAUUGUCAAUAGGUCAAACAUAAAACUAGCUAAGAACGUCACAAAAUUGGAAAGAACACAUAAUAUAUAUAACUUCCCAAUUUAGCAAAUGUUCAGUCGGCAUGAAGCCGCUUGUGUGAAAGGUGUGGUUGUUAGGUUGGUUGAUAUGUUGGGUUGGGUCCAGCCUACCAGGACCGAUGAGUUUAGAUUAGGGAAUAAUUGUUGGUGUAUAGUAGUCUAAACGAUUACCUCCAUUAUCAGUUUCAGUAGUAUGGUUGGCAGGACCAUCC